GUUAUUUCAGUGACCAUUGUGGCUUUUUGUUCUUUUAACGGAAGGGUACCAACAAUUUUGUCCACGUCUGUAUAUUAUAGUUAUAAUACAAAAAAUUCAGGGUGACUUUCAAGCAGCUUUGGACAGCUUUGAUGAACAUGUCACCAUUUGUCAUUUGGAACUUUUUUUUUUGUCCUUGUACCUCUCAUUUCCUGUACAUAUUUGACCCUAACCUAGGUAUACAUAAACAUACAUUGUACUCAGUCAGUCAAAAAUACAUCAGUUAAUUGAGUACAUUGUACAUAAGGACACUUAGUAUGUAGUGGAGCUUUUUCAAGAAACCAGUUGUUCAUCUGUAUGUUCCUUUCUUAUACCUCAUUGUCGAGGUUUAACAGAUAAUCUUCUUACAGACACACUGAGAAAGUAAAGACACCCUUUCAAAGCCUUAGUUUGUCAAAUGUGGCCUUACCAGAUACCACUAUUGGGCACUUUUAUUUUUCUGUGUCAUCAUUGUUUCAACUUUAAACAAUACCUCUUUUCUGUGUGUAAAAUUAUAUAUAUCAGAUUUAUAUCUUUUUUAUAUUUCUUAUUUGUAUAUUUAAUUUCAACAACGCACAUGAGCUUGUCCUUUGAUUCUGUGCUUUCCUUUGAACCACAAGUAGAGAAAACAUUUAUUAUUAAUAUUUUAGUUUUUUAGUGAAUACAUUUUUAUUUGAACUAUUAUCAGUUUUAACAGAAGAUUUACUAAUGAAAAGGUUGCAAGACACAAAGCAAUGCCAUCUUGUACUUAUGCUUUAAAAGUGCAAUAUGCAGUUUGUCAGGGACAAACUAGUUUCCUGAUAAUUAUCCAAAUGUGUGGGAUGAGUCAAACUAUAGUAUUUGACAUUAUAUCUUAGCAUAUACUACAUGUUUCUUAAAUAUUCAAAAGGAUAGGAAAUGUCAUGUAGAAUAGGAAAAUGUAUAACAGGGAUAUUGGGAAAUAUAUAUGCAUAAGUGCUUUAUGUCUGCAAACACCUCUGUUUUUAAUGAUUUGCAAACACCUCUGUUUUUGAUUAUUUAAAAACUACAUAUUGCCCCUUUAAGGAUUACAUUGCUAUAGAUCUUGGGGUAAGGCGACCAUAGCCAUGAAAGCCAUCAAUUAAAUCCUCUUUCAGCCUCUCUCAGACCAAAGACACUCAUCAUGAAGACUGUACUAGUAUGCCGUUUUUCAAGCUUUCAGAUGGUCCCAGAAUCAGAGGAAGAUAUAUUCACUGAAAUCCAUAGCGAUAGCCAUGUGUAUGUUUAAUAUAUUUGGAAAGUUAUGUGUUCUAAAUGUGUGUGAAAUUGCGUUUAUACACUGUUGUGUGUGUGUGUGUGUGUAUGUACAACAGAUAAUGUGUAAUAGUAUAGAUGUAGUGUACAUUACAAUUCUACAGUUAUUUACCACUAAAGCCUUACAGAUCACAACAUUCACUUCAGCUGUUACUUAUUGUUACUAAUACGGUUUUUGUUGUUUUUUACAUUUUUAUUUUUACCGUCAGCUCCACACUCUGGUGAAGCGUACGUUAAUAAGUAGAAACUAUGUCAACAAUGUCAUGCUCAAGAAUGUACGAAUUGUCAAAAUAAAAGUUCUUUGAUCAAAUCUGUCCGACUGCCUGUAGGUUCAAUCAUUACAUUUAUAACACGACUUGAACGGAAGGAUUUAGAAUUCCUCGGUUUCCAUUGUGGGUCUCUGAAUUUGAUUUUUACAAAGAUUGACUUACUUAAAGACAAAUGACAGCUCUCUUCACUCCUUUGAAUUCUCUUUUUUAAUGUGGUACCCUAGAGAUCUAAGUGUCAAUUACUCACGUUCUUCUUGCUCAUGAACACGGAACGAUCACUGGAUAAGAGAAGCGUUCCUGCAUGGGGAAAAAUGGGUGCAGAUUAUGGGUAAUUUUGAUGAUAAAGAUUAGAGAACUUUUAUUUUAUAAGAAUUCUAUGAAAUUGCUCGGAAACUUCCUGAUGUGACUGAACAAUUACAGAAACACCAUUGCGAGCGCGAUGUAUUUUUUGGAUAAGUUUUUAAAAAAAAUGUUGACCGGGGGAAUUUACCGGUGUGGGUAUACAACUUGCUUCCAUACGGUACACCGUUACGACAUAUAGCUAACCCACUGGUUUGGUGUGUUGUGUUGGCAAGAACUCUGCGUGCUGUUGCUUUGCAUUUGCAUUUACCCCAAAUGUAGAUGAGCUCUAUAGCUGACAGGCGAUGCAUUUGUUGUCUAUGCUCUCUUUGUUAGUUGUGGGUGAGUAGUCUCUUAACCUUGAUAUUAAUGUUCAGAGGAUUUCGACUAAAGAUGUUCGGUGCGACUGUGAAUGGAUUAUUUGCCCUUUUUAUUUGUUGCUGCCCAUUACUUUUAACUGUUGUGAGUUGCUAAUCGACCGUUUUAUUUUAUGUUUUUUUUUAAAUGUUUUCCAGGGCUUGCCUCCACGACUGGCUACGAAGACGGUAAGUUAUUUUGUAAAUUGCUUAUUUCUGAUGUCAUAGUGUCGUGGAUGUCCACAAAAGACCAAGAAAAAGUGGGAGGAACGGUGUAAGCAUAGGCGGAGAUACGGGGGGGGCGUGCGGCGGAUAAAAGGUGCACAAGCAAGGCGCGCCGUACCGUUAUUAGAAACGCUUUUGGUGUGUUUCAGCCCUUAUGGUAGACAACGUGGAGGCAGAGAACUAGGAUUAAGAAGGGCACCAACGACUACGCCACCCUGGGACUUUCACCCAGGGAAAUAGUUUGGAAACAAUCAAACUAGCCCAAUAAGGGCACACAGAUUCAGGUUAUCCAUCUCGAGAACUGGCUGUGCACAUUGGCACUGCUAUUGUUUUCAGUAUAGUGGUGUUCUGUUGCUGCCGUGGGAUGAAGUGGUGUUGCAAAAAGAGCAAUGCCCCCGUUACUUCAGGCUCCGGACAGCCCGUCUAUAUCCAUGAUCCUGUACUGUCUGAACUAGGCUACCGCCUACAACCUCAGCCUACGGCUCCAAGUGCAGAGCGUCAACCGUGGCUGCAGCCCCCCUCUUCAGCCCAGCCCUGGGACAGCGACCCACCGUCUUACGACUUAGUAGGUCCUGAGUAUUGCUAUCCGUACACUCCUGCUGCUCCUCCUCCUGAGGCUCCGGUUGGAGAAGGAGGAGAAGGAGGAAGAGGUGCCCCCCCUCCCCCCCCCCGCAGUACCCCACUGGACCCGGGCCCCCAGUACCAGCCUCGGGGGUGGGGUGGGGGUCUGGAUGAUUUCCUCACCAGUUCUCCUCCUAACAUGGACACAAACACAGACACCUAUGUCUACAACUCAGACAAGCUCAACUGAGAAAAGCAUCGUUCUUCAGGAAAGUUACAUUUAUUCAUUUAGCAGACGCUUCUAUCUAAAGAGACUUAGAGCGUAGUAUAGAUAGACACAUAGAGGCACUUAACAUUGAGUUAACAUGCCUAGACCAUCAGGGUACAACUAAAUAUUCCUGACUUGAAAAACAUCUGAUGGCUUGCAUGUGAACAAGUGCAUGCUAAAACUCCAUUGCUGGACAAUACAUUUACAUUUAGCAGACGCCUUCACAACAAUCAAGCUACAGUAAGUUAGGCGAUCCGAUGUGAGUAAGCACCAAGAGCUAACUGGCUAUCACCUAUACUCUUCUGUAAGAGGAGGUCAGCUGCCUUGACCAUGUGCGCCUGCUGAAAAAAAAAUGUGUUGAAUAAAACUCAAGGAAACCUUCA